GCUGUGUAGCGCGUCCCCCAUCCCGGUUUUCUCAUAGUCAGUCUUGUGAAGGCACCGUUAUACGGACUGCGAAAAGAGAAAACGAUCACCCAUUGCCGCCGCAGACUUUUGAAAAGACGGACAUCUUGGGUCUUUGAACAGUAAAUCGCAAUCGGUCGCAUCGGAAAAUGACCACUCUUCCGCAGCCCCCUCCUUCCAGUUCAGCCGAUUGUCGCAAACGAGUCUACAAAGCUUGUGACCGUUGUAGGGUCAAAAAGGCCAAGUGUUCUGGGCUCCGACCUUGCGUCCGAUGUAAAUCGGACAAUGCCAUUUGCUUUUACGGUGCGGGACAUAGGGCUUACAACAAAGCGUAUCCGACAGGAUAUGCGGAGGCCCUGGAGCAGCAGCACGAAUGGCUUGUCAAUGGUCUGCAGCAGCUAUAUCGGCGAAUCCGUGAUGGAGAAGGCUGGCCAGGGGGCCCUGCGAAGCUCGAUCGUUAUGGCCAUCCCUGCGCCAACGAACUUCUCACGCAGCUGGGUGUUCUGGACGCGACAAAAAGCGAGAAUUUUGAGGAGGACACAGGGGCGAUGCAGCAACGUCUCUGGAGAGCGAGUACCGUACAGGCCACCGUUCGCUCCGAGAGUGGCCAGAACCCCCUGGAUCAUCCAUUCUGCUUGGCAAGCCCGCUCAGCAGGCAGCCGCCCUUGCCUCCGGAUUGCAUCGCCCCGUCCAGUGUCUGGCCGUCUAGUCAGAUGUUCGCUCUUCCCGUAGACGGAGACGGGAUCUCCACGCCGAUGCCAAACCCAAUGCUGGGGAUCACGGAGAUUCGGAACACUCCAAACGCCGACUUGGGAUCUAAUUAUACCGGCGGGGUGGACCGGGGGCGCCACACUAAUGCUUCCAUGGUAUUUCUGUUCGAAUCACAAUGAUUGCGCUUAGCCUAGUUUUGCCCGGAUUGAUUGGCGCCGUAUUUCUCAAGCCACU